UCGGGAUCCCUGGUUGGAGGUAAACAUUGUCUGGCAGUCACUGUACAUCCCUCCACUGGAACAGUAUCCUCUUUUUUCCCUCUUAACCCUGACUACCGGUCUUCGGCACUAUAUAUCUGGCAGAUAUUAUCGCCAGAGGAAGCCUUAAGGGAUAUAUUACAGGGCGGAAAAAGCCUCAAUUACGAAUUAUCAAGGAGUAAUAGCAGGUGGAUAUCACGCCGGUCCUCUGACCCCGGUCUGACCUGCUGAUUUUACCUGCUACAUACACUAAUUGACCCGUAAUGGCCAAGUGGGGAGAAGGUGACCCCAGGUGGAUUGUUGAGGAACGACCCGAUGCUACUAAUGUUAACAACUGGCACUGGUCGGAGAAGAAUGCCAGUGGCUGGAGUAAAGAGAAACUGAAGUCUUUGUUUGAGGGCAUGAUCAUUGAAGAACCAGGAUUAGGUAUAAUUACAAUAAAGGAAUUAACAAAAUGUGAAGGUGAAGCCACUGCUAGUAACCGCAAAGGUAAACUUAUAUUCUUCUAUGAGUGGGUGGUGCAUUUGGAUUGGACUGCCAUAGUGACUGAGGAUCCUGAAAAGGAUAUCAAAGGCACUAUAGACAUACCCAACUUAUCAGAGGAAAACGACCCUGAAGAAAUUGAUGUUAAUGUUACUCUGUCUGCCGGAGGAUCACUUGGGGACAAAGUGAAGGAGUUUCUCAGAAAGAAGGGUGCCAAUAAUAUUAGGGAGAAGAUUCGUGAAUAUAUUGAGACACUAAAGAAAGAAUAUGCAGUUGAUCUCAUUAAACCUACCAAAGGCCAGGCUGUGACCAAGCCAGUUAAAACACACAACCCACCAUCUACCGAUAUUUCCUUCAACUCCAAUAUGAAAAGCACAACCAAUGAUAUACAGAAGAUGGAGCUAGGAUGCAAGAUAAGUACCUCCAAGAUCAAUGUCAGCCAGACCUUUAAAUGCACAGCAGAUGAGCUUUAUAGAGCACUUACACAGCGAGAGAUGGUGGUUGCUUUUACAAGAGGUGAUGUGAAGUUAAGAGUUGAAAAAGGAGGCAAGUUUGAGUUCUUUGGUGGUAAUAUUUCGGGUGAAUUUGAGUCCUUGGAACCGAAUAAACAGAUUGUACAAAAGUGGCGCUUCAAAUCUUGGCCAAAUGGGCACUAUUCAACAGUUACAAUAGAUAUUGAGCAGAAAGAUGACUGUACAGAACUACGAUUGUCUCAAACAGGGGUUCCAUCAAAUGAAGUCGAGAAAACAAAAGAAGGUUGGCAGAACUAUUACUGGGAAAGCAUUAAGAGAACUUUUGGAUUUGGAGCAAUUCUUCUUUGAAGUAGAGCAUCCCCCAUGCUAGCAGCACAUGUCAAAUGUUUACCUUGUUUGUGUUGCAUCAGCGCAAAACUAUUUUUCGGUAAUAAAAGGUUCGAGUUAUCAGAAGUGGUAACUCACUCUUGUACUGUUACACUUAGAUCAAAGACAGUGCAGUGGUAUGUUUUUAAAAUGGGUCAGACUUGAGCUGGCCUUCAAGCUGCAUGCAAGAUGUUAAACAUAACAAGUUACUGUGGACAUAGCAUGAAAGCUAGCCAAUGUCACCAUCACUUAAAUUCGAUAAUGCAUUUCAAAUGAGUGCAAGCUCUUAGUGUUUCACUGAAUGACAUUCAAUUUAUUACUGUAUAGAGAUGUAGUAUGCAGUAAAAUAAUUGAAUAAACUGUAUAAUAAUAAGCUUUAUGUUAAUUUAUGAAUUUACUUGUUAGAAAAAUUGUGUUUGUGAAAAUACAUUCGCCAGAGUUA